CUUCUUCGACGCGGACACUGCAUGUGCGCAAUGUGUUCACACACAAGCGCCACGAUGAAGAAGUUGGGUGCUUCACGGCAAACUAAUAUAUAUACCGAAGUUUUGGAAAGCUUCCUCAAUCUUGGCGAACGGCCGGCUCAGAGGUAGUGCCGACUCCGUCGGCAACCUUCCUGCCUCGACUUGAACUUUUUGAUGCGUGUUUCCAUUUCAACAAACUAUGCAUGUGCAUUGCUCAGUCGUUUGAUCCGAUUGGGGAACAUAAUGAUCCCCCGCGCAUGCGAGUAUGGAGCGACCGGUGAUAUGUGCAUCCCCACAAGACACGAUGAGCGAAGACUACAGGCCACCAGAAUGCAAUACAUGCCAUGGACGAGCAGUACGCAAGGACCUCAUUCUCAUGAGUGUAACACGCUGCACGCUGCAUCCCUACCAUGUGCACGACCUCGUGUCACAAUCCGGAUGGCGCCAGCCUGCUGGUGUCAGAAAACAAAUACAAAAGCGAUUGAUCCGCUUGACCGAUUGAUGCUACACGGGCUCAUCGGUUCAUGGUACAUGUAUCAGAGUUACAGCAAGCAGCGAGUAAGCAAAAGACGAGAUGCUUGCAGAUUUGAAGACGUUGGUCACGUCUGGCAAGCGUGCCACGCAUCGGACUACUUUGUCUCGCGCAUCGCACCCCUUAACACGUUCAUUGUCGUUAAAUGCAUCGCAAAAAUAUUAUAUCACGCGGUACUGGUGUACCGUGCACAGUUCACAGUCGCAGCACUUGCACAGGCUUUUUUGGAAUUGAUGCAUGUGAUGCCUUCGUUCGCCUAUCUCAAUCAGGCGUAAUUGACUCUUUUCGCCCCUUCGCAACGGUCAGUGACUUGACAUAACACUCGUGGAGCCAUGGACUUUGCCGCCGCCACUCGGCAUGCAAAGGAGGGAAGUGUUGCCGGAUUCUUGCCCACCACACACAUAAUAUGCAAACAUUCUUCCCACACGUGUAGUUGCAAUGAAUGGGAGGACUUCCGAUGGGGGCACUCUCGAUCGGUCCCCUGGCCU